AGAGCACUAAUCUCACGAAAGCCUUUGCUGAUCAAAACAUUCGCUGCGCCUUCACAUUGAAGCUGCAAAUCUCCCGGGUCGUCGUCUUAUUUCUGCACCUAGCCACCUGACGCGUUUGGUCACGCGUCCUGGGGGCUGCUCUCAAGAUCUCAUACUUUUGUACGCUUCGCUCUUCUCAGAUCUCGGAUGAAAACUCUCCGGAGCAACUCGAUAUGGCAGGCCUUUCAGACCUUCCCCUAGAACUAGUUCUAUGGGUCUUUUCCUAUGUCGACGACAUUGCCGAUCUGCUGAACCUCUCACUCGUCUGCAAGGCAGUCAACAUACACGUGGAACCUUUAGUCUAUCGCUACUACACGAACUCAGACCGCGACUUCACUGAAAGCGGCUCGCGCUCCAUGCGCGCCUUCUUCAGAACUUUAGCUAUCCGUCCAGAACUGGCUUUGCAUGUUAAGUCUGUCGAUUUUUAUCCAUGGCACAUCAAGCGGGACUUCAAGGAGCCAGAAUGGGACUACAAACCUAAGCGCAUGCCGGACCAGGUGUUCGAAACGUAUGUGAACGCAGCCAAGAAAGCGCAGAUAAUGGAUGCAGCGCAGGAUUGCUACAGCUUGCGCCCCAUGCGACAGCUCAAUCCCUGGGAGUCGUUUUGGUUUGAUGAUUCAGACGACGACUCCGACGGCCAUCGACGCCGAUCUCAUCCCACUCGGUCUACCCCUAGUGUCGGCGAUCCGCACGACAUUGCUUUAGCAAGGUGCCUACGACAAGGCAUCCAAGAAGCCGAAGUGAUCGUUCUCUUAUCACAACUGUCCCGACUCGAAGAGAUGAACCUGCGAGGCUGGCCGGGUGGAUCCUUGUCCAUGCAAAAGUUAUUUUCGCGGACUCCACAUGGCUUUUCUGCGCUUAAGAAGCUUCGUGUAAGCGGCAUAGAUGGAGAGCUCGAGUUUCUUCUUGCUGAAUUAGCACCCGUACUUCGUCUGCCUUCCAUGCGGACACUGGAAGCAUAUUGUGCCACAGAUCAGGACGACGACGGGCGGCGCAAGAUUCUUGCCUUCGAGCCAGGUUCGCUGUCCUUGACGAAUAUAUUUCUCGAAUUUUGUGCAUUCAGUCAGCACUCUAUAGCGAAUCUCCUAAAGGGUUGCAAGGCCCUCGAAAAGUUUACCUACAUUACGGGAGGACCGUCUAUCGGCCCCUACCAGUUUACUGCACCAGAACUGAGAGAAGCCUUGCUCUGCCAGAAGGGAACACUCAAAUAUUUUUACUUGGAUCUGUCGAUGGAAUGGAGUUAUCUGGAUGAUUACGGAAUCAUUGGAUCACUUACUGAGUUCGAGAAGCUGGAGGAACUGACCAUGGAUUAUGGAGCUCUACGUGCUCAUAUGUCUAUCCUUGAUGUCUGGACAGGCGGUGAUGAAGGACACACGAUGCACGCCCAUCUAGACCAAUCACUGGGAGAACAACUACCGCGUUCUUUGCAGCGGCUCAACAUCAUCGCCACCUCGCACAUAAUCGUCCCAAUUCUCUUAGAGUUCCUAGAACAUGCGACUGAACGGAAUCCUAUGCUGACGAGACUCAACAUCGACCCUAUGGAUAAAGAUUACGGGCUGGAUGACCCUGACGAGUACCAGGAGAUGCUGUACCGUUUCAAAAAGGCCGGCAUCACAUUCACGGAAACCCUAGAAAGCGAACGCCAACCUCGAUCGAGAAUGAACAGCUGGGUCAGCGAGGGAUAUCCGAACAACCUAGUGCGCUGGAACACUCGAAAGCGGAGAUACGAGCGCUACGAGGCAAGCAAGCGCCAUCUGUAUAUUGCUGCGCUGGGAAACACGGUUGCUGGACGGCUUUACCAGAACCAUCGGCCGGCACGGAGGGAGUCGACGCUGCGUACUGCGCGGAUACUGAGGCCGAACCGGCGGUGAAGGGGAUGCAGUGGCGGUGGCGGUGCGUUAAUGUGAGGCCUUCUGGAUUGGUCGUGGCUAUGGUUUGGCGCUGCUAGAUUACUGGUUGGGGGUUUUCAGGGAAAUGGCAGUUGUAUAGUCUAUGUAUUGUACAUUUCUGGCGUCACGGGGCGUACAAGGCGUUUAUAAUGCCAGUCAGCUUACUCCACAC